AGGAGGCAGAGAAGAUGGGCAUCCUCAGCGUGGACUUGCUGAUCACACUGCAGAUUCUGCCAGUUUUUUUCUCCAACUGCCUCUUUCUGGCGCUCUAUGACUCGGUCAUUCUGCUCAAGCACGUGGUGCUGCUGCUGAGCCGCUCCAAGUCCACUCGCGGGGAGUGGCGGGGGGGGGCGACCUCCGAGGGACUGCGCUGUGUCUGGAAGAGCUUCCUCCUCGAUGCCUACAAACAGGUGAAACUGGGUGAGGAUGCCCCAAAUUCCAGUGUAGUGCAUGUCUCCAAUCUGGAAGGAGGUCACAAUGGUGGAAAUGGCACCCAGGAGAAAACAGCAGAUGGAGCUGAAUGCCACCUUCUUGACUUUGCCAACUCUGAGCGCCCACUGGUGGUCAACUUUGGCUCAGCCACUUGACCUCCUUUUACUAGCCAGCUGCCAGCCUUCAGCAAACUGGUGGAAGAGUUCUCAUCAGUGGCUGACUUUCUGUUGGUCUACAUUGAUGAGGCUCAUCCCUCAGAUGGUUGGGCCGUGCCUGGGGACUCCUCUUUGUCUUUUGAGGUGAAGAAGCACCGGAACCAGGAAGAUCGAUGUGCUGCAGCCCACCAGCUUCUGGAGCGUUUCUCCUUGCCGCCCCAGUGCCGAGUUGUGGCUGAUCGCAUGGACAAUAAUGCUAAUGUAGCUUAUGGGGUAGCCUUUGAACGUGUGUGCAUUGUGCAGAGACAGAAAAUUGCUUAUCUGGGAGGAAAGGGCCCCUUUUACUACAAUCUUCAAGAAGUCCGCCGUUGGCUAGAGAAGAAUUUCAGCAAGAGAUGAAAUCUAGUUUAGCUGGUUAAAGGUAUGAUUGUAAUAGAGCUUAUUAUUUUUUAAAAAAAAAUAUGUAAAGGAAAGGAAAUUAAGAACUGAAUCAUCUGAUAUUUCAACUGGAUCCCAUUGCCUCACUGAAGGUCAGGACAGAAAUUCACUUGUCAAAAGAACACAAACCCCUAACAUCUCAGUACUCCCUUCGCCUCCCAAAUUGCAUUGGGCCCUGUCUCCUCUCCUCUUAGUGAGAAGCCUUGAGUGAAAAUAUUCCAAGAUGGAGAGGAAGAAACCCUGAUUCAGCAUGUUUUCAUUCUACCUUGAGAAAGAAGUGAUACAGUGGAUGCAUGAGUUGUGACCAGAAGAAAAGACUUAACCUGAAAAAUUACUAUGCUAGGAAAGCUACUGUCUAUGUUAAGAUAAAGGGCAUUGCCUAGGCUUUAUUCAGCAUGGAUAGAGCCCAACGGGAAAAAUCCCCAAAUAGUUACCUUGAACCCCAGCCAUGCGGUUGGAAUCAGUUUCCAAUGUUCUUUUCAGCCAUGCAGUACCCUGUGCUAGUUUACAUGGCUCAGACUUCAUGAUGCAUUUGUAGAUAGCAAGAAUGAUCCUUCAACCUGAUGGUUGGAAUGAUCACCUGAAAUCUGAAGGUUACUUUCUAGGUAUAUGAAGAAAGCACUAGAAAAAGUCAAAUUGACAAACUCAGAAAGAGGAGGCAGAAAGAUUAGGGAGCUUCAUGGAAUUUCAUCUUGAAGCUGUAGAGAGUGGGACUGAUUUUGUUAGCCACAGAAACACAGAAGCAUACACAAGGCCAGGAAAAGAAGAAGCUUAACUAAAAAUAGCAUAGAGACUACACAUAUGAAAACAAUGUAUUUAUCUUAUACUCCUAGAUGGAGGGAGAAAGGGGGAUUGAAGGGGGAAAAUACUUAAAUAUUUGUAUUUAUAAGAUUUUUUUAUGGAAAUAAUUAUUUUUUGAAGCAUGUAUGUGGUAUGUGUAUUUUCAAGGGGUGCAUUAUACCCCAUGAUACCUAUUAAAGGAAAAACCAGUGGGUCUGAUGGUGCUGGUCUGUUCCUCUCCAUUCUUAUAAUUAUGAUAUGGCCUUACUCAUUCUUAGUCUCAGUCUCUAUAGCAGUGUUCUCUCUGAAUGCUGAGUUGAAGAGAAUGUAUAUCUAUAUAUGUAUAUGUGUGUGUUGCUGUGGGAGUCAGGUACCCUGAUCAUUCUGCUAUAGCCCUGUUUUCCUCUCAAAGUAGGUGAACUACAAUGAGUGAAAGGUGCAAACAGGCUUUUUAUUGUUGUUGCAAAAGAGAAGGAGAGAACAUUAGUUUGAGAUAAAAUUCCCAUUGAUGAUUUUGGGUACUUUGAUGUAAGGCAAUCCAUGGUAUCAUGGAAUAUAGUUAAAUAGAAUUUGUAUUGACAUUAACUUUGAACUUGGAUCUAUUUGUCCCAUUAGCUGAGGUUUAGUAAUUUAGAGUCCCUACAGUAUAUUAUUAUUAUUAUUAUUAUUAUGCUAUUUUAAUGUGCCAUGUCUCCCCUUAAUGUAAUGACACUAUGGUUUUAUCCAUAAGUAAUAUCCAAAGGUUAUAACCUCAAAAAAAAAAUAGACCAACUAUUUCCAUAACUUUUUUUGGGUAAAUUUAAAGAUAUUAUUAAGUUAUAAUAUAUUGUAUUUAAAGGUACAAUCAGAUGCUCUUAUACCCAUUCCAUUAUUUACUAAAUUAUAAAAUAAGACUAAUAGAAAGAGAUAAUAUAACAUUGAAAAUACCUUUUUAAACUAGUUGCCGGAAGUGAGAAAAAAGUGGGAACUGGGUGUGCAAGAACUAAAAGUAUUUAAAAAAAAAAUAAAACUGGAACAAGAUUUCAGUAAUAUCACUAGCUGACAUGUUGUUUAGCUAUUAAAGCUCUAUUGUGACUGAUUUUUAAAUUUUCUUUUUACCUUAACAUCUAAGUUUUUUGGUGUUUUAAAUUCAGUAGAAAAAAAAAACACAAAGAAACAAAGCAAAGUUAGACAAUGUGAUGUUAUCUAAUGAAUUGCUGGAAAAACAUAUUAAAAAUAGAUGAUUUCAGAUUUCUCAGUUGUUAAAUUCAACAGUCAAGACUUGCCAGUGGCUCCCACUGAUUUUUAUCUUCAAAAUGGUGUU